UUAAAAUAUGACAUGUCAGGUCAUGGUUUCAAGAUGGCUGAUUAUUUUGUUUUUUAAUUUUACAUAGAUCUCGAGUAUCGUGUAUUGACUUUUCGUGUUUUGUUUAGUGAUAAUUUUUUGUGUUAUCUGUGAUGCUGUGCGUACUAGUGUGAUAAUGACAACUGGUAAUGUGCUUGGAUUUUUCAGUGUAAUGGAUUAUAUGGAUUAUAAUGACAACUACCCAGCUGCAAGGAUCAACGAAAUCAGUUAAAAGCCACACUAUGAACAAGAACAAAUGGAAGUGUGCAUUCCAAGCAUACUUUCUAGAUUAAAAUAUAACUAAAAAAUAUAAUGAAAGUUAUCAAGAUGUCGUAAUAAGAAUAGUAUUAUCGAAGUUGUAAACGAAAACAUUACAGUGUAGUUGGAAUAAUGGUGCAGUAGAGGUCGCUGCUGUGAUGGGGUGUGGCCAGAGCAAAAUUAAUCUUUAUCCCAGGCGUAAUAAGAAUGGCGGGAAAGGAAACAGUGCCAAAAAAUCCGGCGCAGCAGACAAGGAGGCUGACGAGGAGGAAGGUAGCGCGGCCGCAGCGCCUGCCGAGGACGCCGACGAUGCCGCCGAGCGCGCAGACCGCGCUCGCAACAUCCUACCGCUCUCCGCGCAUCCGCCGCCCAUUGAGGUGUCAGCGAGUCAACAGGAUUUCUUCAAAAUGUUGGACGAGAAAAUCGAAAAUGGCAAGGACUACGAUUCAUCCAGUGAAACUGAAGUGCGAUUAGAACAAGAGCGACGGCGAAUGCUGAUAGAGAAGUGGCGGUCGGCCUCGCAGUCCACUCAGUCCUCGCAGUCGCAGCCGAGUCCUCCCACCCCCGCCAGAAGACGUGUUUCCAGGCCGAUGCCGCAGCCGCCCGAGCGACAGAACAGCCCCGGUGCCGUGAGGAGGUGCUACCGGCAACAGCACGUUCCCGAGGGCAUGUCGCCUCCGCCGCGGCGAGCACACAGCGCCCAGUCCCACCAUCCGCCCGACUCACGCCCCGUCAACGGAGACAACUGGCACGACCCCUCCAAAUCUCCCGUCAAAAGACCACAGAGUGCCGGCGCCAAUUGGAAAAGUAAUCCUAAAGUCGCACCUUACAAUCAAAAAACCAAAAAGACUGAAACGAAUGAACACCAAAGAGCUAGCCAAAAAGAAAUAGAAUGUGAAAUUAGUACAGAAACGUCUCAGAUCACUUACAACCCAACAUUCCAAAGUCACAGUCCGGCUCAUUCCGCUAAGGGCCAGCAGCCGUACAUUGCACAGAUAGUCAGCUAUCCCAAAUCACAACAAGUAAACCCUCCGUCUCCACCCAAGUUCAUAGCGCCGCCCGAAGAAUACCAAGAUCCUCAAAACAAUGUAGAUAACAAAUACAACAACGUGCAAAAGCCAGCCCCGACAACGCAGCCCAACAAUCAAGGGAACAUCUACUACAUCCACGGAAACACAGCGGCGGGCUUCUCCCAGGACAUUGUACACCAGAGACAGCAGACGGCGAUACAUUUGCAGCAGUAUGUUGCCAUGAAGCAAGCUCAACAGCAAAUGUACACAUAUUUCCAAAGAGGACCGCAUACCAUUUUCCCCAAUGUUGACUUCACCCAGACACCGAGAAUGUACGAGGGCGAAGAGUUUUCGGUUCAAUAUGGUCACCCAGCUAUGAGACCGCACAGUGCACCCACUCCGGUGGGAGUCGUCAGGCCGAUGCCGGUGGCGCCGGGCUUCAAGCCUCUACCGGAUGGCACCCAUAUGGUACAAAUGCCGAUGUGGACGCACAUGCCGCCGGUGGUGUCGACGAUGCCAUGGGUUCCGGGACAGGUGCCGCACGAAAUGCAGUACUACCCGCAGUCUCAGUACUUCCCGAUGUACCGAGCACACUCGGCGGGCUCCGCGGGGACGCUUACGAGAUAUCACAAGAAGGAAGCGUGCGAGGGUGACGUGAAGAAUGUGUGCCAAAGUAUAAAUGUAGUCAGACAGAAGGUGGUGGGUCAGAUCGUGUCCGUGGCGAGUCAGGGUCCUGGGCUGGGGCAGGAGCUAACCGUGUGCAGCAGCGCCAGUGACAGCCCGAGUCCCGCCUCCGUGAGUACGGACAGCGGCGUGUCUCCGGGGAACAGCGCGCCGAGCUCCAAGACCUCCGUCUUCAGCUCCGACACCGCGGCCGCCAUUGACAAGAGCAAAAAGAAAUCGAUCCCACUCAACGCAAGAUCAUUGAAAAAUUCUAAAAGUCUAGAUUCUUAGUGACAGGUUUGUAAUUAUGUAGAUUUUCUAAAUGUACGUAGCGCCUAGUCGACGUGAGGCCGGUGUAAAUUAUAGUGAAAUUAGACUUUAAAUUGCUUAUAUACUACGUACUAUAUGGUAACGAUAUGUCUUUUUGCCGCUCUGAAAAACUAGGGACAAGAAAGCCAAUGAACAUUGCAAUUUAUUCCUACAUAAGUAAGGAAAUAUCGGGUACUACUCAAUUCAAUAUUAUAAAAUAAAUACAUGAUAAAAACUACGUAUAAUUAAACCUUUCCGAGUGAUCGAUUUCAGAGCGGCAACGAAAGAUACAAGUAAGUACUGUAACUAUGUGAUUUAAUUGAAUAAAUUUGAUUUCAAUCGGUGUAUUGUUCUUGUCUAUGUAGUAAAUUGUAACGAAAUUAUUUAAAUCACUGAACGCAUGCUGUGAUGAUAUCUCUGUUUAUAUUUAUUUAUUUCUUACAACGACUUCAG